ACGCUGAAAAAUCUUGUGGGCCGAAUUGGAAAUCCUCGUCGUGGUAUAAAAGCGUCGACACGCGUCGGGUGUCCAGUUUAGUUGGGUGUGACAAACUUACCGGGUACACCAAUCUCUAAUACUCAUUGAAAAUGUCUCUUGAACGUCAAGUUCAGGCUAAAAUCGCCGCCAAACGCAACCCGCAACAAGACAAGGAAGCUCAGGAAUGGGUCGAAACCAUUUUGGGUGCCAAAUUCCCCCCCGGUCAACUGUACGAAGACGUCUUGAAAGACGGCACGAUUCUCUGUCAGCUCAUCAACAAACUCGCCCCAGGCUCCAUUCCCAAAAUCAACACUUCCGGUGGACAGUUUAAGUUCAUGGAAAACAUCACCAAUUUCCAAGCGGCCAUCAAGAAAUACGGUGUACCAGACAUAGAUGUUUUCCAAACUGUCGACUUGUGGGAAAAGAAAGACAUCGCACAGGUGACCAAUACCCUGUUCGCUCUCGGUAGGGCUACUUACAAGCACCCCGAAUGGCCCGGUCCGAAUCUAGGACCCAAACCCGCCGACGAAAACAAACGUGACUUUACAGAGGAACAACUGAAAGCCGGCGAGAGUAUCAUCGGUCUUCAGGCGGGCCAAAACAAAGGGGCCACUCAAGCCGGUCAAAAUAUCGGCGCCGGCCGCAAAAUUAUCAUUGGAAAGUAAACGACAGCUUGAUUAUAUAAACUUCUCGUUUAAGUUAAGUUUUUUAAGUUUAGUUUAGUUUGGAGAUCAGGUGGUUUUGUACCUUUUUAACUACGGUUGCUUCUGUAAUAUCAAUGUAAAACAAGAGACAAAUAGAAGUUUAUUUAUUUAAAAAUAUUAUAUCAAUAAAUGAGUUUAUUAUGAA